GACGGUGGAGAGCACAGAAGCCGCUUUAGGAGUCGCGCGGUUCAGAGCCGUCGCUGCUGCCUGCGGAUCCGCUCCUAGAGUUUGACUAACCGCGCUCUUGCUCGGCUCCCCGGGGCGCCGCGGAGAUGCUGUCCUGCCGCCUCCAAUGCGCGCUGGCCGCGCUCUCCAUCGUCCUGGCUUUGGGCGGUGUCACUGGUGCGCCCUCGGAUCCCCGACUCCGUCAGUUUCUGCAGAAGUCCCUGGCUGCUGCCGCAGGGAAGCAGGAACUGGCCAAGUAUUUCUUGGCAGAGCUGCUGUCUGAACCCAACCAGACAGAGAAUGAUGCCCUGGAACCUGAAGAUUUGUCCCAGGCUGCUGAGCAGGAUGAAAUGAGGCUGGAGCUGCAGAGAUCUGCUAACUCAAACCCAGCCAUGGCACCCCGAGAACGCAAAGCUGGCUGCAAGAAUUUCUUCUGGAAGACUUUCACAUCCUGUUAGCUUUAUUAAUAUUGUUGUCCAUGUAUGACCUCUGAUUCCUUUCCUCCAAAUCCCAUCUCUCUUCCCUAAACCCCCCAGUGCUCAUAAAUACCCUUGCAUUAGAAAUGGAAGACUGUAAAUACAAAAUAAAAUUGUGGUGAAAUUAUGAAAA